GCUAUACUCUUUAAUUUCUUCAACUUUCACUCUUAGACGCUCUCACUUUCUCACUCAAUGGCGAAGACUCGAAACGCUAAAAAAGGCGCGGAAGCUGAUGCGGAGAAUGGCCUCGAAAUAAUCUCCAUCGGUUCUCUCUACAGAGGAGUUUGGGAGAAGAAAUACUGGACCACCUCUAGGGGAAAAGAUCGGUAUCCAUAUCCAGUUGGUUAUCAAGCUGUUAGAGCUUUUAAUGGGACCGCUUAUAAGAUGGAAAUUUGUGAAGGUGUCAAUGGCCCUAAAUUUUUGAUUUCUUCUGAUGUUGGGAGUUCGUCUUCUGGGAAAACUCCUGAUCAAGCAUGGGAGGAAUUUCAGAAGAAAGGUUGCCCCCGCAUGAAGAUUUGGCAUGGGAAGAGACUUUCAUCUAAGAUGGAUGGCUUGGAGCUUUUUGGGUUCAAAAAUCAGUUUAUCCAGAGGUUGCUCAGGGAACUGGUGAAAGAUAUAAAUGGAAUAGCAGAACAGAGUUUGGUAUCCCCAAACAUCUGUGAGAAGAGUCUUGGUCAGGGGAGUUCUACAACCCAUUAUGGUUCAGAAGUGCAUGAGGUUGCAAAUCAGAUAGGUGUGCCAGUCUCAUUGCAAACGAUAUCUUCCGUUUGUAAAAGCAGUAAUUGCAUUUCAUCCAAAAAUGAGUUGCUAUUAAAUCCUAUUGAAAUCUCUGACAAUAAGAAAGUUGGAGCUGUACCUUCAAAGAGACCGACAUGUUUUCUCAAUUCUGAAAAUUGCAAAACUACAGAACUAACUGAAAACUUGUCCACAGAAGAACCUCUUCAUAGGUCGUAUGAUGUGGAGUUGAAGAUAUCUAAUUUGUUGGUGGCAUCAGAAUCAGAAGACAAGAAGCUGAUGCAGUCAUGUUCUAAAGAGCCUGUUGGUUGUAUUGACCUUGAUCUUUGUGCUCCUGAUACCCUAGAUUUUGCGCAAGAAAAUACUCCUGAUUCUGCCCCAAUUAAACUGGAUAAAAAUGCUUACAAUGAGACAGCAUGUGAGAGUGAGGUCACCUCUGGAGAUUUGUUAAAUGCAGAACAUGAAGAAAUGCUCAAAUCUAAUUCAUAUCCAUGCUCUGAGAAAAAUUAUUUUGGUUCAGCUGGCCAGGAUGUGGCAAAGUCAAUGAUGUCACUUCUGCUUCCUCAAGCAGUUCCUCUACUGAAGAAUGUUUCAACAGAUAAGGAGUUUACCAUUAGCCCUUCAUAUAUGUUGUCUUCUCGGGUGAAUUCCAAGGACGAACAAAAUAAAAUUGGAUAUAGUUUGAAUGUACCAUCAUCUGCAGAUGUAAUAAUGAUAGAGGCUGCACAUGGGGAACAAGGGGAAAAGAUACAUGGGUAUACAGACCCACAUUCAUACACUCCUAAUUCUGAACAUAUUAAGUAUAUUGUUCCUGACAGUUUUGAAUAUAGUCAAUGUGAUGAUUAUAAAACCAAUCAGCAAAUAUUAUCUUCUGAUAUUGCGGAAGCUGGUAGAUCUAGUUUCAAUAGUUUCAAUAAAGAAAUAUCUUCUCAACAGCAUCUUGUUGAUGAUUUGCCAAAUGGGACAUCCACAUGCCAUGCUUCAGGGUUGGACUUUAAAGACAGGCCCCUGCCUCAGAAUUGUAAUGUAUGCAUUUCUGAAUCUGUUCUAAAUGACAUGUCUCCUAAGGAUCUAAUUAUUUCUGAAAGAAGUGGUGAUGCUUGCUCAGAUUUGAAUCAAAAUCCAGCUCAUGUUGGUCUCAGUUCUGUGCAAAAGGACCUGCCAACUGCUCAGGAUUUUACUGGAGGUUCUGGUAAUGCAUUCUCAGGUGUAAAAACUAUGAGCUGUCAAUUAGAAAGCAUGGAAACCCUUGUAGAAAAGACACAAGAUGAAGUUGUGGGUAAAACUGGCAAUGCUGAAAUGAUUAUGUCUUUUAAAGAGCCAAAAUUAGUAUACACCAGAAAAAAGCUUCGAAAGGCUAUUCCCUUCCAAGAAACUUGUUCAGUCACUGAUUGUACUGAAUAUGACAAGUUUGAACUGGUUGCUCCUGAAACUUACACUGCCAAAGACACUUUACCUCCCACAGAAACUGUUCUAAUAAACAAUUCAAAGGAUAAACCAUGUGAACCAGAUAAUUCUGCAGGUUUAUGUGUAGAAACACCUCAAACUUAUAGUGAUGAUGUUCUGGGGGAUCAUAUCAACCUAGUGGAACCAAACCCAAUAACGUCUCAAAAUCCAACCCUGUUUGCUGAUGAAAAUAAGUGCUUUGGUGCCAAGGACGCUCAAUUAAUUUCAGAAUCAAUGCCCCUGCAAAACCAGGAGCUCAAGAAUAAUCUGGGCAGCAAUGUUAAGUUUGUGGGAGGUUAUUUGCACCCAAAGCCUGUUUCAUCAUUAUUUUUAAGAACAAGAGAGGAUGAAAUCCAUGUUUGUGUCUUAUGUGGCCAUCUGACAGAUCAGUGCAAGACCCUGUUUACUUACAAGGUAGCUAUUACUGAACCAAGUUUAGGUUGCCCUUCUGUCAUGGCUCACAGCUCAAUACUGUUGCCAAAUCCAAAACAUAACUUCAUAAAGGAAGCUAUGGUGGAAAGAUCUGGGGUGCAGUUGACUCCUGAUGGAAAGUAUAUCGUCUUAAUAGGCAGCAUAAAAACCCCCUAUUGCAGGGAAGGAAAAAUUGAUUGUUAUUGCUCAACAUGUACAUCAGUCUGCUCUGAGAAGAAUGCUUUGAAGAUUGUCCAAGUAGAACAUGGUUAUGUAUCUGGUGUAAGAACAUUCAAAACUGUUGACAAUGUGCAUUGUAUAUUGGUUUGUGAACCUAACCUACUUGUUUCUGUUGGAGAGAGUGGGAGACUGCAGGUGUGGGUCAUGAAUUCAACAUGGAGUGAAAAUAUAGAGUACUUCAUUAUUCCAGCUGAUGGUUCUGUAUCCCCUGGCAUUGUGGAGUUGAAGAGGGUUCCGAAGUGUACUCAUUUGGUUGUUGGUCAUAAUAGUUGCGGGGAAUUUAGUUUAUGGGAUAUUGCAAAGCGUAAUUGUGUUACAAGCUUCUCUGCUUUAAAAAGUCCAAUAAAUGAGUUCUUUCCAAUAAGUUUGUUCCAGUGGAAAACAAAAGGCUCAGGAUUCAGCUAUACUAGCAUAAAGGAACAAUCUGAUAAAAUUUUAGAAGCAACUGAUUUGUGGUACUCGGAGCAAAGAGAGGCCUGUUGGUUUUCACCAUCAGAGGAAGAUGUUGCUCUGUGGCUUUUUGUCUCGACGACAUCUGACCUUGAUUGUUGCCAGAAUCAUGUUUCAACUUCAAGUAGUUAUGAUACACAUGCAGCGAAAAGUUGGCGGCUUGCACUUUUGAUGAAAAAUAGAACAAGUUUUGGAAGUCCCUUGGAUCUAAGGACUUCUGGUAUUGGUGUUUCUUGUGGUUAUGGAAUCAUUGGUACAAGUGAUGGAAUGGUGUAUAUGUGGGAGUUAUCUAAAGGAUCCAAGCUUGGUACUCUUCAUCAUUUCCACGAUGGCAAUGUUACAUGUGUUGCUACCGAUGAUUCGAGUGGUGCCUUGGGAGUGGCUGGUGGUGGAGGCCAAUUGUUGCUUUAUCUACACCUUCCUGAGCUAGAUUCAAAUUAACUACUGUACAGUGUUAUUAUUUACUCAACGAUACUUCCAAGAUUUUUUUUUUCAUUUGAAUUACAAACAGUGUUCAUUUGGUGGAAUUGCAAAUAGUGUCCAUAGUUAUUACCCAAAUUAGUCUUCCAUAUGUUCUAUUGUAUAUUUGAGUAAGGACAUACACCUUAAUGGAUCCUAACUCUUUCUUUUAUAUAUAUAUAUAAAGAGGAACAAUUUAUU